AUGUCUCUUCCGACCAAAGUGACGCGAGAUGGGCUACUGGAGAAGCGCAGCAGUGGUCUCCUCCAGCUUUGGAAGAAGAAGCGUUGCAUGCUGACCGACGAGGGGCUCCGGCUGCGAAACUGCAAGGGUCCCGCCGCAGACCACGCUCCGUCGCCGUGCGCGGCGUGGAGCUCCGGCUCCAGAGCCAAAGAGCUGCUUUUCGAACGCAUGGUGACGGUGGACUGCGUGGAGUACAAGCGGGACCUGGUGUACUUCACCGUAGUGAUGGCCACCGGAAAGGAGAUCGACUUUCGCUGUCCGCAGGACGGUACGGCGUGGAACGCGGAGAUCGCUUUGGCUCUGGUCCGUUACAAGAACCUCCAGGCCGUCCAGAGUGGAAGGAAGAGGCAAAUUUCCGCCGCGCACCUGGGCAGCACCGAGGAAGAGGACGAGGCGCUGUGA